AGUUUCUCGAGGACUAUCCUGUGUCGAAGCCAAUGCGAUAAUUGCAAAAAGACGAUUCGUUUUUUGGGAGUGCGCUGCCAGGAUUGCAGGUCAGUAAAAACAACUCAGUGCUACUAAGUCUACCAUGAAUAGUAAUGUACAAACAGAGCAGGAUAGACUUGACAACCUAAGCUUUUUUAAAAAAAAUCAAAUCGCUAACUAAGACUCGAUAUGUUUUGAUCAAAAGGUUGAAAUAUCACAAAAAAUGCUCCAGUGAUCUUCUGGCAACCGACUGUGAUCUUCGAUGCCACAAAGUUGAAGCGGGUAAGAAAAAGACAAAAUAUAACUUUUAAGGUGCAAUUAAUAUUUAUUUUACUCUUAAAUUCCUUUCCAUUUUGGGUUGUAAAGUAACUCAUUACACAAUUUUUUCAUUAUUUUCGAGCGUAAUUAACUUGAUUUUUUUGCCUUUUUUGGUCGUUUGAAGGAAAAACGAGAACCAGGCAUUUCUGGCGCAAAGGGCAAAAACCUGGUGGAAACUUGCCACGGCACCAAGCAAAUUUGCAACAUUUUGCUAGAAAAAGGACGGAAUCAACUCUCGUAACUCUAAACGCAAAAGGAAGAAUACGACAAAAACUUAUAAAUGGUCUGUAUGAGUCAUUUUGCUACAGUCCUAGACAGGCUCUGGAGUUUAAGCCUAAAGAUGCGGAAGAAUUUCGAGCUUCAAGACAGCUAACACUAUCUGUAGAAAGACAUCCUACUCCUGAAAAAUCGUAUCCAUCUCAUGUUUGUGAAAAUUUAACCACCAUAGAUGAAUCAAUUAUUGGAUCUCCUCGAUCAACGAACAGUGAAAAUUACUUGGGAAGUUCGAUUUGGCCUAGAACAAACUCGUGGUCUACUUCAGCAAGCUGCUCAUAUUCCUCGGGAUAUUCUUCGGCAAACACAUCUUGCCCUUCUUCAGCUAAUUCACACCGAAGCAAUUCGCCAACGCCGGACUUUUCUGAUAUCAAGCUUUUAACUACUUUAGAGCAGUACAGCGCGGCCCGGGAGAAUACCUAUUCAGGAGAUAGAGAUUUGGGAACACUUACUGAACAGGAUCAUUUCAUCGACGAAUUUUUAGUGGAACCUUACGAAAAUUUUGCAACAUGGCCUCAGAAAAGCAGAGUUCAAGACAAGGCCGAGAAAAUAAACAAAAGGAUUUUUUCUGGUAAGUAAAAAGCAUUUAAUGAGGCUUUUGCUUUUACUUUGGUCUUCUGUUUCAACAAGAAUCAACGAGAGAAUAUGUUCCUUUUAUUUGGCGGAAAUAAAACUGUAAAGCCGGUAGUAGUCCAGUUUUAACCCUUAAGUAGAAAAAAAAAACAAUACUGAACGGAACAAGAUACAAUUAUAGCACUGCCGUAUUUUGUGAAUUUGGCAGCUACUUAACAAGUGUCAGCUUUAACUUUUUAAGCUAAAAGAAACAUAAAGCUUAUGUUAAGAAAGUAGUAUUUAAUAAGUUUCAUUUAAAUGGAAAAAUAUGAGUGAUAUCAGAUCAAUCACUUCCUCCAUUAAUGUUAUAGAUCCAUAUAACAGUUACACCGGUUAACAGUUACUCUGGGCAGAUAACCAAAAGAAUUAACACAUAGAAAACGAGAGGACUUCCAUGUACGCGAUUUAAGAGAAACUUUAACUCAUUGGAAAUAGAAACAUCCUUUGGUUAUGUGGGUACUCAUCAUUUUCUACCUAGCGAUCUUUGCAUAUUCAAAAACCGGCAUCUGUUUUAAGCUGAUCUUUCCAUGUUAGAGUUGAAAAGGGAAAUUUGUUUUUGAUACAGCUAACAGUAGUGAAAGACGUGAAACAGUGACGCCGCUCUAGUAUACGGUGUGGUUGGUUUGUCCUCUAUCUCCCGAGAGCCUUUUUUUACACUCCUUUUCUGUGGUAUACUUUGCAAAUGAGCUGUGACAACUGACAUUACACGACUUUAUUCAUCAGAAAGAAAGCGCAAAGCUUGAAACUACUGUUGAGACUAAACCAAUCAUAUUUUUCAGAUGUGAUCUAGACUGCUCAUCUUAUCCCUUAGGCGGGUUCAAUUCAACCAUUAGUUUCUAUUUUUGCGUUGUUCCCUUAAAUUUCCUUGGAUGUUUAUUUAAAAAAGAGGUCUAAAAUAGACUGAAUAUAGUACGUGCCGUUUGUAACGUGAGUAAACCUUAUACGCCUAAAUUUGUGGUUCUGAAAAUAUCUGUGGGCCCAUGUCAAGUAAACAAAUAUUUACGAGUAAUAUGGAGCAAGAGAGCUGCUGAUUUAGCCAUGUUGUCUAGAUUAGAUGCUUUUCCCCUGGCUAAGUUUGCUCAGCUUGACGUCAUAGCUUUUUUCAAUUUACCAUAUAUGCCACUAGCACCGCUAAUAGCCAAUUAAAAAUGACUAUUAUUAGGCCCAAUGACGUAUCCUUCUCACGCAAAUACAAACGGGAUAAAUUUUGUUGAAGUCAUCCCCUAUGUAUGCUAUUUCGAUAGUGUCGUUUAAGAGAUAAAAAUAACCUUACAACGUAUAUUCCUGUCUAAAUCUAUAGCGAUCUCAUGUGAUACACGAUAUGACAAAGUGAAAUUUAUUGACUUUGUAAAUAUUCACUUAUUUUUAUGCAUGUCAAAAUUUAUGGACUUUGAAUUUAUUCAUCUCAUCUCAUGUCAUUUGCGUAAAUUCUGUUUUGGUAGCUGAUGGCUUUCAAGGAUCGAGAGAUCACGAAGCCCUUCCCACAGUCGAUAGCAGGUGAGCACGUACAAACAAUUAGCAGUACUGAACUAUUGCUCAAAAGCAAGCAGGAUCACGUCAAACCAAGUUAGAUUACACUGUGAUAUGAAUUCUAUUUUCUGAAAUAGACCAAAACGUGUCAUUUCCAGGAAAGAAGAGCUUAAUAUAUAUUAUUUUUUAACAUUUUCGCAGGUUAAAUUUAUUUUCCUUUCGUCUUACCAUCACUCUAUUAUAUUAUGCCAGUUUUUUUUUCUCAAACACGAAAUAUACGAUGUAAAAUUUGGUACAAAAAAAGGGAAAGCUAGGGCUGAUGAAAACUAAUGUUAAAAAGGUGAAGAUUUUUACGCUUUUAAAGUGCCAUUUCCCAUAUUGCUGAAGAGUUUUUUAAAUCACCUCCACCAUGCCUUCUUCAAAGCAAAUCAACCGAAUUUUGAAAGAGAGAGGGAAAUAGAGGUGGGGCCUGGGGUGGGGAGCACUCGAAGAAGGCAAUUCAGACUACAGACGGUGGUGAUGAGUCUGAUUUGAUCUUUAUUUAGCUGUGAUAACUGAAUAAAUUAUUUUUCAUUUAAUUUUUAUGCCUCACGUGAGUUAACACCAGCUGUAGACUGAUUCACCCUGCAGAAUAAAUAAAGGUUUUGCUAUUAUUAUUAUUGUUAUAAGGAUAGUCACGCACUGGGUCUCGAAUCUUGACAAGUCUAUUUUUGCAAUUUCUAUUUGCUGUUGCGAAAUUUAAAUUGGUGUCAAAGACAAGCCCAGCGAAGUUCGGCGGACUUAAAAAAAUAAACUUUCAAUUUGUUUUGACUUGCCAACGACUUUCGCAAUUCGAAAGGAACGGACUGCAAAUAAUUGACGUUGCUGAAGAUAUCUGAAUAUCGUAUCUGUUAAACAGUGGACAGCCUAUAAAAAUGAAUCUAGAUCCACAAUUGGUUUCGGUUUCAUUACCAUACGAGAGCUAAGCUGAGGAUUAUCUAACUUCAGUUUUUAAUACGAGACGAAACUUCGCAGUUAUAAGUGAUACAUGUGCUCAUCGCAGUCUUCUUAGCUGUUCCUUAUCUGUUCUUUAGUUCUUUCUUCUUAUGUGCGAUCAUCUCUUAGCAUAACAUGAAACCUAAACAUAUUUAUUGCAGGUUAAAAGGAGAAAAGCCGAACGAAGAUGACAUUAAGGUAGGCAAAUUUGCAAAUCUCGUUCUGUUCUGUCGGUCGUACUAAGAUAAGGCCUAGGACGUGAAGAGUCGUGGAUGAGAGGACAACAGACGUGCCCUCUUACAAUACAUUUGUAACGUGUGAACAGUAAGCUCGUACGUCAGCAUACAAAGGCGCCACUGGCAGCCGCUCCCAGUCCAUUUGUGAGCUUACUGUACCCACCCAACCCAUGAUGUGAAUGAUGUGAAGUGUGAAGGUUGACCACAACACCGGGGUCUACGUCCUCUACUCUUUUCGAACAGUGGUGUGGGUUCUUUUACGUCCCACGAGAACCAGAUAAGUGUAAGUGCUGUGAGAGAGGACCUACGGUUUUUCGUCCUUAUCCGAGAAGACUAGAAAGUCUAACCGUUUGUAGAUGUCAUUACAAAGGCAGCACUUUCUCCUCAGUUAUUUAAAGACCCUGAAUGUUGGUCCGGCCGGGAUUCGAACCCGUGACCUCCCGCUCAGCAGACAGACGCUCUCCCAACUGAGCUAACCAGGCGGCGGUCGUAAGAAUCGACAUGAAUUUCAGUCUUUCUUGCAUCAGUAGCCACAAGCUGGAUGUAAUUGUGAAGUAUUGUUUUUUUUCCGUAGAAAUCACUUCGAGAAUGGAGCAUUCCUUAUUCAGAUUUGCAGUUUGGGGAAAUUGUAGGAGUCGGUCUUAAAAGAAAAGUCUACAAGUAUGUAGUAAACAUAGAAUUAGACUCCAGCCUCUUUACGGUAUGCGGUCAACUUCUUGAGACAAAAGGCCAGGUUAACCAAAUGCUCGAUCCAAAUUAAAAUCCCUUUUUCUUUAUCUAAAUUGCAAGCGAUAUUUCCCUACUGAUAGUGUAAUUAUAUGGCAUUUGAAAACUAGAACAACAGAAUAAUUACUGAUGUCAGAAACAUAUUUGUUUUAACGGAGAGACAAGGGGCCUCAUGCUGGCACUAUCAUUUAUCAAGAACUCGUUAAUCUACUCCAUUGUCCCAGCCCAUUCCCCCCUCCCCCUCCCCCACCCCCCCAAAAAAACUUUGAGGGAAACUUGAGAUGCUAAAAAGUAUAUCGAUACGAAUGUUACCCCUCGCUGAAGUAAACUUUAAAAAAAUUACGAAAAGUAAUAUUAGUUUAAGCUGGACGCCUUUCUAAAGGGGAAGUUACUCUCAGGUAGCACAUUUAUAUACUAUGCGGAUAUCUUUCAAAGAUGUUUAACUGAAGAUUUCAUUGGACUGCAUAACAAUAAAGGAAAAUGUGUUGUUGUUAUUAGGGGAAGAUGGCAUGGUGAUAUCAUGAUUCAUACUUGGCAAAGAUCAACAAAGCAGGACGUAGAGGAUUUCCUAAAGGAAGUUUCCGUACUGAGCAUGAUCAGACAUGAAAACGUUGUACUUUUUAUGGGAGCUUGUUUGGAACCUCCCAACCUUGCGGUUAUAACAAGGUACGUCAAGUGCACGCUAGAAUUUUCCCCAGAGUCCUCUCUCUCUCUGAAAGAGAGGUUCUAAUAACAAGUUCAAGUUACUUUUCUAUUUUUAUUUAUUUCGCCACCUUAUUAUAACAUAGUAAUAGAUUACAAGAAUCGUUAGAAAACUGCCUGAAAGCCCAAAGAAACCAUGAGGUUUAUACAACGUGGGCUUUCACUAUUAAAUUACAAAAGAUUAACUUAAUAUUAAUUUAACUGAACGGCGAAGGCAGAGUAACAAAAAUACGAAGGAAUAACGUAUAAAAAAAGAGAAAGAGGAAAAAAAAUAAGAAAUAAAUAAAGGACGGUCUCAUGACCGGGAGCAUGAGGCCGAGUGUGUUAAUCAAGCAGUGAACGAGAAAGACUAGAAACGAAUGGCUGUAGUCAGUUAUGUUGGAAGCUCCGUGACCGUGCGCUGUCUUUUGUUUCUUCCUUCCUUCCCUCUUUUUUUCUUUCACUUACAACUUGUGACUGAGCAAGCCUGUUAAUUGGUUUUUAUUGGUCAGUUAGUUAAAAGCGAUAGGAAUGCUAUUGAACGUUGCGGACGGUCAAGUUCAAAGAAGCUGGUCAAUCUCAUAACAAACAAGUAUAAAGGAUAUAUAACCAUUGCGCUUUAUUAACUAUGAUCAAACCCACCUUUUGAACGAUUUUAACUUCAGAGAGAUAAACAAAAGGAGUUGCAACUUCAAGUGUUUUAUAAGAAAUUCUGAUGUUCAUGAGCUUUGUCGUAAGAAAGCAAAACUUCGGGACCUAGAAAAUUAACGAUCAGUCGAUUUUAAAUAAUAAUAUCAUGUGCUUUCCUCAAAAACCAAUAUGCUUGGUGGAUUUUGCUUUGUCGAAUCACCUUUUUGUAUUUUCAUUCCUUUUAGCGUCAGAAGAGGUUUGUCCCUCUAUAACCACCUUCAUGUUCGACAGGACCUGUUUUCUUUGCACUCGAAGAUCUCAAUCGCCAAGCAAAUCGCACAGGUUUGUAUCUCAGCUCUCAGCUGUUGUUAUUUUUUGUUUUGAUCAUGUGAUCCCAGAUCGUAUUUUCAGACAUCGGUUGAUUAAAAAACUGGGUAACCGUAGUCCAUAUGAACGCUGGAUUUCAGGUUUCAAUAAGUAGUCAAGUAAUUGCCUGCAAAGUAGGAUUAUCACUGAGAGAUAUUCUGCAGUUUCGCAGCUAGAAUAAGUAUUAGUUCACUAGAGCAGAAUGCAAGUAUUAAAUCAGUCAGAACUGGCAAAAUUGUUUCUCUUAAAGCUUAAUCAUUUUUAGCGAUACGCCAUGAAUACUUGACGUGGUUAUAGCCAAGUAUUCUUCAGUACAUGCCUGCAGUAAAUUGAUGCUUGUUUAUUGUUGUUACUUCCUUAUUAGGGCAUGAGCUACCUUCAUGCCAAAGGUAUUGUCCUUCCAGCCUUGACAACCAUGAACGUGUUCCUGGAAUCCAAAGUCAAACUUUGCGUGUCUGGUUACUGCAACAAAACAACACGAGAUGAAAGGUAAAUUAAUAAUUACUCUCAUUUUUAAUUUCUUGUCUCUACUUUCUUCUUUGUGAAAUUAAGCAGGUGCUUGUGAGCUUUGCUGAAGGUUCUUGUGAGCUCCAUAAGCAAACUUUAACACUCUGUUCCUCAACGAACCAGAGCCAGCCUAAGAGUAACUUAUCUGAAUAUUUGGUUUUCGGAAAAUUUUUUUUGCAGGGAGGGGUACGCAAGUAUAUUACAAGGUCACCUGACUUACCUUGCUCCAGAGCUGAUGCGCACGCUCAUAAGAAAUGGUAGUGUACUGUCCCCGAGGGAGAGGAAUACAGAAUGUACAAACGUGUAUGCGUUCAGGUGAGGCUGUCACUCAGUACCAUGAUUUUUUGGGGGCGGGGCGGGGGGGGAGGUGUACUAACUUUCAAGCAAAUUGACGGCAGUGAUUUAAAAGUGAGAAGAGUUGGGUUUUAUUAGGAGAAAGUAAAAACCGUGAGAAAAAAACGAAUUCUCUAAAAAGAAUAUUGAUAUCAUGGAAACUUCUUCGACUCUUAAGCCGUUUAUUUACUAGGCUUGCGUCACUAGGAUCAGCAAUUCAGUUUUAAAGUACCCCAUAUGGUGAAAAAUACUGAGAUAAAGAUGAUAAAUUCCAAGCAUGAAUAUGCGAUAUUCUCAUGCCAUUUCUUUUUAAUGUGUCAUUAAACUCGACUGCGUUUUUUAUUCCUCUGGAACACGUUAUUCUGCAUAUUAAUUUCUAGCCUGUGUGCAGCUUCCCCUCCGAAAAAAUCGGAUUUUUUCUGAGGGGAGCAUGCGGCUGCACACAGGCUAAUUAAUAUCCACAAAGGCUAACGUAUGCCUUUUAUUCCAACGCAGUACAAUAUUGUACGAGAUUCUGACCGGCAAGUGGCCUUUCAGCUUUUAUCCCACUCAUUCUGUGAUAUGGAUGAUUGGCAAGGGAAAGCAACAGUGUAUCAUGCAUGUUCAAUGCCCCGAAUCUCUAAAGGUAUGUUACGCUAUGAAAUAACCUGUGAUCCGGCCAACGGUCCCGCCCCAGUCUUCCCAUGUUCUUCAAAUGAUCACCUGAUCGCAUGAAAAGUCUUAACUGAAAAACAAUAUUUAGCUGGCACAUCAUAUUCUAGGGGAUUGUAUUAUUACUUCUAUUUAGUAAUAGAACUUUUAAGAAAUGGAGCUCUGAAAAGCUCUAACAAUAAAACCAUAUUACAAGAAAGAAAAGGAGGAAAGAAAGUCUUUUUCUGAGGACAACAUACAACGCUGAUACGUAGACAAGGGAAGUAACCUUGCAUGGCUCUCAGGUUUCAAAACUUAACAUUUGAACUGAUUUUUUAUAUAAUAAUGCAAAAAUGUUCCUAGAUUUAUCAUUUUCCUGCUACUGUUAACCAUGAUUCUAUCACUGUUGGUCUGAUUUUUCACAUUUUUUGUAUGAGCAGCAACUUAUCAGCAAUUGCUGGAGUGAUGAACCACGUGACCGACCGGGAUUUAGCAAGAUCGCAGAGUUUCUUCAACAACAAAAUGUAAGUCGAAAUGAUUUUGAGACAGACUUCGGUCUAGAUUUAAGGGUAGGCGAGGGGUCUACUAGCAAAACACCAUUGCACCCGAAAUAGUUCAGCCGAUAUGCCAAAAAAACACCCAUUUUUUCUCAUUAUAUUUAAUUUAAACCUAAUGGAAACGUAGUAUACACCAUAUAUCCGAAAUCGUUUAAGCCUUGGCCAACCCGAAGGCUUAAUUAUUACGCACUUCUUCGUUUUCAAUUCUCCUUACUUUGUGUUCUCAAUUAUGCGAUGGUUGACUUCCAAGAUUGAGUGGGAAGCCCUCUAUUUACCGUUUACAGACUUUUUUUAUGUGCUGUCUUGUUACUAAUAAUCAAGACUCAAUGGCCUAUUUUAGACAGUGUCGGCCGGCGGCUUUGACAGUCUUCAACGAGCGCCAAGAAGAAUAAAAAAGUCGACACUGACAAUAUAAUAUUUAAUCGAGCCAUGUUUGUUUUGACAAAUGUACCGGUUGGAUAUUCGUAAGGAGUCCAUAGUCCACAGUGUCGCACGAAUGAGAGUCCAUUAUCGUUCAUAAUAUCGUUUUAAUAAUGCCCAUGCCUAAAAUGAUUUUUAUUAUUACUUUUUAUCGAAUUCUAAGGUGUUGUGUUAUGCUUUUUAAUUUUCUAGUUUCCUCCCGAAGUUUCUCGCAAGAGGAUCAGCUUUUCCGAGCCAGAGAAAAUGAAUUUUGUUGGCGUUGGCAAGAUAAGUACGUCAUUGUCUAUCAAGUGAGCCGAACCGUCAGCCUUUGUAAAGGUGAAUCUACAAAAACACGACAACAUAACCUGCAGACCAGUUUACACACAGGCUCUGUCAACUCAAAAGUGGAGAAUUUUCUUCAGUCUAACCAGAUUUGUUUAGCUAGACAUGCCUGCCAAAAAACACUGUGUUUUGUGUUCUUGUUGCAGGAAUAAUACAGUACUUCAUGGCUUUGACAAAGUUUCUCAGUCCGUAA